CGCCGGACGGAACGCCGCUUCCAUUAUUUUCUCACUCCGGGAGAACACAACGUCGCCGUCGUUUAAUUCUGCGAUGGAUGCAUUCUCUGCCAAGCGCUACGGCUGCAGAGAUUCCGCCCUCACCUCCUCUUCCUCCGCCGCAAGCAAGAGCCAUAAAGAGUCGGAGCGCCGCCGCCGCCACCGUAUCAACGCCCACCUCUCCACCCUCCGCUCUCUCCUCCCCAAGCGCGUCAAGCCGGACAAGGCGUCGCUGCUGGCGGAGGCGGUGGACCACUUGAGGCAGCUGAGGAAGCAUGCGGCGGAAAAAGUUGCAGGGAAGACCGGAGCUGAACCGUGGUGUCUGAUCCCGGGGGAAUUGGACGAGGCGACGGUGAGCUGUUGCGGCGGCGGGGACGGGAAGAAGAAGAUGAUGAGAUUGAGCGUGUGCUGUAACGAUCGGCCGGGGCUGAACCGAGAUUUGAGCCAGGCGAUUCGGUCGGUCCGGGCGCGGGCGGUUCGGGCGGAGAUGGUGACGGUGGGUGGCCGGACGAAAAGCGUGGUGACGGUGGAGAUGGAGGCGGAGGCAGGGGACAAUGGCGGCGGUUGGGAGGAGGAAGACGUCAGGAUUCUGAAGAGAGCUUUGACCGCCGUGGUAUUGAACCGGAACUCGGGUUCUGGGCUGGGCCAUGUGGCCCGUGGGAACAAACGAGCCCGUGUUUCUUGAUUCUAGUUGGGGGCUUGCAGUGCGUGGUUGAUUGAGCUUUUCUGUAUCGUUACAAUUUUAUUGGAUAUCUUAGAAGGAAUGCAGUA